UUGUUGCUGGUUGUGUUCCUGCAGAUGGAGAGCACUGCCUGAGGCGCAGCGGCACAGACAUGAUACCCAAAGCCCGGAUUAAGACCCUCAAGAUGACCGUUGUAAUCGUCAGCUCCUUCAUCAUCUGUUGGACACCAUACUACCUCCUGGGGAUCUGGUACUGGUUCCAGCCAAAGAUCAUCCAGAGCACCCCGGAGUACGUGCACCACAUCCUGUUUGUGUUUGGCAACCUGAACACGUGCUGCGACCCGGUCAUCUACAGCUUCUACACGGCGUCCUUCCGCUCCGACCUGGCCGACGUGAUGGCCUGCUGCUGCCGUCGCCGGGACAACAACGCCUCCCCCCGCUCUGUGGACCGUCUGUCCCGCCGCAGUGGGGGGGCCGCGGUGGAGAUGGAGUCUGACCUGAGCUCCAACCAGCACAGCGGGAACCCCAGCUGAUGACCCACUGAGGAACCACUCAUUGGUGCAAUAUACCCCAUCUUAGUGUCUGAUGCCCAUCCAUCAGUACGGUUUGAACAACUUGUAGCCUCUAGAACAAUAGUCUGACUCUGUGGAACUGUGAUGAGUCAGCAACAAUAGCCUGUUGUAUGUAUGCACAUAUAUGAUGAACAGUUAUUGCAAGUAUCAAUCGAAUACGUAUAUGCUCAAUAAAUGUCUUGAUGGUUCUGACGGAAUUCCAGUCUUGUGUGUUACAACCAGUGGUGUAGUGGGGAUUUUUUUACUGGUUGGACGCUAUUUUAAUUAGGUCAUCCCAAACAAUGCCA